UGCAACGUGACGCAGCCAUAGUUUUGCCACUUCCUAUUAGCUUGGAGAAGAUAGCGGACGAGCGGUCAUAAAAUAUCGAUGUAUUAAUGUGAAAAUUAUUGCACACUUGCUUGGGAACCUGCUGCUUUGGAGUCUCUAAGGUCCAUAUUUGGGAGGCGAAAAUGAUCCGCUUUAUCCUCAUCCAGAACCGAGCGGGAAAGACACGACUGGCCAAAUGGUACAUGCAGUUUGAUGAUGAUGAGAAACAGAAGUUGAUUGAAGAAGUGCAUGCUGUCGUUACUGUCAGAGAUGCCAAGCACACCAACUUUGUGGAGUUCAGGAACUUCAAGAUCAUUUACAGACGUUAUGCUGGUCUGUACUUCUGUAUUUGUGUGGACGUGACUGAUAAUAACUUGGCAUACCUCGAGGGAAUCCACAACUUCGUAGAGGUGCUCAAUGAGUAUUUCCACAAUGUGUGUGAGCUGGACCUUGUGUUCAACUUCUACAAGGUGUACACGGUGGUGGAUGAGAUGUUCCUGGCGGGGGAGAUCAGGGAGACCAGUCAGACAAAGGUCCUCAAGCAGCUCCUCAUGCUCCAGUCACUCGAGUAAAAAAGAAGAAGAAAAAAAAAAGUCAAUAACCAUCUAUCUUACCUGGAUACUAAUCUGCUGCCCUGGCACCCAAAACAUCUUGCUCCUUUUUUUGUAUCAGUCUGAAAUGGACAUUUGUCAUGUUCCUGUCUCUGCAGAGCCAACAUUUACUGGGACUUCAAGGGAAAAAGGGGGAGGGGGUGUUUAGUAAAGAAGAUUAAUAUUGUUUACAUAUGGAUAUGAGUCCAAUUAAUCUUUUGUCACAAGUCUAUAUGUUGCAAUAUUCUGCACCCGUCUUACUGGUCAGGAUGUCUUGAAGGCUAUACAGCACAUUUCAACAUGUUAACAUUUCAUAUACUGCCUUAGUUACACUCAGCUAUAUUCUGUUUUUCUUCUUCCACAAGCCAGUGGCCACAGAAAUGAAUUAUUCCUGUAGUAACGACAAAGUAAUUGCAUUUAUCUCUGUGCAGUGUGGAAACAAGUGUCACGCUGCUCUCUUCUGCCCUCCUUAUGUCCACCUCUCAUUAACCUAAACAUUUAUUUAAUGGCACUACUGUGACUAACAAGCACCAUAGAGACUGCCUAUAAUGACCCGUGUGCAUUGAGAACUUAUGAUUGCCUCGCAGCCUUUUCUAUAAGUAAUGUUAUGCAGGAUCUUGGAAGUUUUAGGAUAUUCAUCAUGGCUGCUGUGCAAUUUAUAUCUGGAUUGGAGUAUAGGCAAACUACAAAUAGAAACCUCUUCAGACCAGUUGACCCAGCACAGCUAGUUCAAUUGAAUGGAGUGUGCUUAGAACGAGUGCCGUUCUGACAGUUUGUUAUGGCAACCUGUGCUGUCCAGACGUCCUCAUGGUUGAUGGUGGUCAAUAGUAUAGGUCAUGUUACAUCCAAUGGUUGCACACUGGUAUGUUGUGAUGAUUUCUGUUGCUUUUGAAAUGAUCUUCAUCAUUUAAUGCAGCUCGUUACAUCAAAUGGUGCUGGUUGGUUACUCUUAAGAACACUUAACUAUCCCUAGAUACAGAAGGUAUAUUUUACAUAAAUCAGUAAUGUGAAAAUUGCUUUGUACGGUGUGUACAUACAGUGUAGCCUGUGUUGAAUAUUGUGAACACAAGUAGUUCCUGCUCACAGUAUUUCCAUACAUUCCUUUGGCAUUGCAUAAAAUGAGUUGAAUUUUAAAUUCCACUUAAAAUCCUCUUAGUCAGAAAAAAAGCUUUUACUCACAUCCCUUUGCUCAGCCUAAAUCUUUGACAUGGUCAUAAUCUAAUUUUAACCAUAUCUAUUCACAGGUCUCAAAGUUGAUUUCAUGUAUUCAAGUUUUGAAUUUUUUUUUUUUUUUUAAAUUAGUGAAAUAUGUACUGCUUCCCUUCUUGUCCACCUGUGAGUUUGUUGAUGAAAGUGAUGAGUGUAGUACUGUCUCCCGUUCACUUAUGCCAGUAUCUCCCUCUUUGUGUAAAUAAUAAACAGAUGAAGUAA